AUCUUCUAUCACGAUCAUCUCACUCAACAACCUCGAACUCGACGUUUCAGUCUCCGCCCAACUUGCGGUUAAAUCGAUUGACUCUCCUGUUCGUUAAUAAACGCAUCAACUAAACCACAUUCAAAAUGAAGCACUUAGCGGCCUACCUCCUCCUCGGCCUUGCCGGUAACACCUCUCCUUCUGCCGAAGACAUCAAGGGCGUCCUUGAGUCCGUUGGUAUCGAUGCCGAUGAGGAACGUCUCGAGAAGCUCCUUUCCGAGCUCGAGGGCAAGGACAUCCAGGAGUUGAUUGCUGAGGGUUCUACCAAGCUCGCCUCCGUCCCCACCGGUGGUGCUGGUGGUGCUCCUGCUGCUGGUGGUGCCGCCGCUGGUGGUGCUGCUGCCGCCGAGGAGAAGGCCGAAGAAAAGGAAGAGGAGAAGGAAGAGUCCGACGAGGACAUGGGAUUCGGUCUUUUCGACUAAAUGCAACAACCUCGAAAAUGUAUGCGAACCGAGACCAAAAACAAAAAGGGAAGGGAAUGGCAUUCUGGAGACUAAAGGCUAUGUUUAUGGACGACUUCAAGUGUUUAUGGCGGAGUUUAUUCUUUUCAUACAAUUUACAUCUACCGUGAUGCAGUUACGAAUAUGCAUGUAUGUCGAACGGCCAUAGUCUGAAUCCAGAUGUCACAGUCUUCAGUAAUUGGAUUUUACAAGUACACUCGACGUAAAUUGAUUUAAGAGCAUAAUGACACCAGAAAUACAGCUAU